AUGAGAGGUCCACUCCAAUAUGAAGAAGGGACCGAUCCCCCAGAAUCGCACAUCUCACUGUCUGCUUGUUCUAGACAGCCUUCAGAUUCUUGUGUGACUGCAAAGCUACAGCCCAACAUGAUCUCUCUCGUACAGUUUGGUAUUGUGCUUUUUGUUGGCCUGGGUUCUAUGACCUAUGGUUACGGCUCCAGCAUCAUCGCUACCACUACUGGACAGCCAACCUUUCUAUCUUACUUCGAACUCGACACCAAGCCUAAUGCAGCAGCCCUCCUGGGUGCCAUCAAUGGCCUUUUCUCCGCUGGUGGCCUCUUUGGCUGCAUCUCGUGCUUGUAUAUCCCUGACAAAUGGGGUCGGAAGAAGUCUCUCUCGUUCGCUGCAAUCUGCGCCAUUAUCGGUAGUGGUCUCGCAGCCGGCAGUGUCCACAUCGCCAUGUUUAUGGUGGCUCGUUUAAUUACUGGCUUCUCCGUUGGUGCAUUGGUUAGUCUCGUCCCGCUUUAUCAGAGCGAGAUCUCGCCUCCUCGGAUUCGUGGUCUGCUUGUGGGCAUGCACGGAACCGGUAUUGCCACUGGAUAUUGUGCCGCUAGCUGGAUCGGCUUUGGCUUUUACUUUGUCAAUGCGAAGUCUACACAAUGGAGGAUGCCUCUUGCCAUUGGAGCAUUGUGGCCCUUGCUUCUCGGAGUAGGUGUCAUGUUGAUCCCAGAGUCCCCACGUUGGUUACUUACCAAAGACCAACCCGACCAAGCACUCAAGGCAUUCAAGGCCUGUCGAACCGAGUCAGGACCUCAAAAUGACGAGCAUGCAAUACUCGAAGAGUUUCACCUUCUACAUAUGCAAGUUCUUGAAGAGAUGAAAGAAUUUGUGCCAUUGAAGGCCUUUUUCACCCGACCGGCACUUCGCAAGAGAUGUUUCAUCGGCUGGUUGACCAUGGCUGCUGGUCAAAUGACUGGCACGAUUGUGAUCAACAACUACGGGCCUUUCCUCUACAAGAAAUUGGGCUUCAGCGUUACAAACCAGCUUUUGAUUCAGUGUGGCUGGAUUUCAGUAUGUUGGCUGGGAAAUGCUUUCAAUGCAGCUGUCAUUGACAGAAUCGGCCGGGUGCGCCUGUUGAUAUUCGGCCUCAUUGGGGACGUAAUCGCCCUUGCUGGGGAAUGUGCCACAGUCGCACAAUACACCAAGACUGGCUCACCCGCUUGUGCUAAAGCUGCUGUAUUCUUCCUUUUCCUCCAUAUCGGAUUUUAUGGUUGGACCAUCGAUGCCAGCACCUACAUUUACGCAUCAGAAAUCUUCCCAAAUCCUCUUCGUGCUCGUGGCAUCGGGAUUUCCAUCGCAGGCUUGUUCAUGAUGGUUAUCAUCUUCACUAGUGCCGCACCUACUGCUUUCGACAAGAUCGGGUGGAAAUACUACCUGGUCUUCUGUCUUCUCACCGCUAUGAACGCGGUCAUAGUUUGGUUCACUUUCCCCGAGACUAAGGGCAAAGCUCUUGAGGACAUUGCUGAGAUCUUUGGAGACGGGAUUGUCCUCUCAGAUGCCCGUGAAGAAGAGAUUCAUCGCCGUUUCAAGGAGUCUGGCUACCAAGCUCAAGUCUUGGACGAGGUGCAUCACGAAGUUGUGCUCCAGGACGACAUGCACCAUGGUGAGAAGAUGGUUGUCACACACGCUGAGCGGACCGAGAACCUCGCUUGA